GUGGCCUUGACCUUUUUGUCAACAAUGAACCGUGCAAGAAGUUCUGUGAAGGUUUCGAAGUAUUUUCAGCGAGUUUUUGCUCGAAACUUUCAUGCAUCGGUAGCAAACUGUAUGCGGGUAUGCUCCUGUUGUCAGCAGCAUAAAAGACCCGAACCGGACUUCAAAGUUCACGAUUAUAACAAGGUCUUUAGACGCUCCAUUGACAGUCCAGAAGAUUUCUGGGCAGAACAAGCUGACGAUUUGAUAUGGGAGAAAAAAUGGGACAAAGUUCUUGACAACUCAAAUCCACCAUUUACAAAGUGGUUUGUUGGUGGAGAAUUAAACACCUGUUACAAUGCUGUAGAUAGACAUGUUGCCGAGGGCAAUGGUGGUCAGGUUGCUAUUAUAUAUGAUAGUCCAGUCACCAAGCAAAUUAAAAAGAUCACAUAUAGAGAAUUAUGGGAGGAGGUUUCUUUAUUUGCGGGGGUUCUUCAGAAGAAUGGGGUGAAAAAAGGUGAUCGUGUUUUGAUAUACAUGCCCAUGAUUCCACAGGCCAUCGUAGCAAUGCUUGCAUCAGCUAGACUUGGAGCCAUACAUUCACUGGUGUUUGGAGGAUUUGCCUCUAAAGAACUGUCAACUAGGAUAGAACAUGCAAAGCCAAAGGUGAUAGUAAGUGCCAACUAUGGUGUGGAACCAGGAAAACUUGUGCCUUAUAAACCCCUGCUAGAUGGAGCCCUUAAAAUGAUCAGCUUUCGUCCUCAAAAAUGUAUCAUAUAUAAUAGACCUGGUUUUGACUUCACACCUCUACAGAAAGGUCGUGAUCUAGACUAUACAUUUGAGUUAUCUCAGGCAUAUCACACUGACUGUGUUCCAGUGUCAACUACUGAUCCAAUAUAUCUACUGUAUACAUCAGGCACUACUGGACUUCCUAAAGCAGUGGUACGACCCAGUGGAGGUCAUGCCGUGGUGUUGAAAUGGUCAAUGUGGAAUAUAUAUGGCAUACGUCCUGGAGAGGUAUGGUGGUCAGCAUCGGAUCUUGGCUGGGUGGUUGGUCAUUCUUAUAUUUGUUAUGCCCCUUUGCUAAAUGGUAACACAACUGUGCUGUUUGAGGGAAAGCCUGUGGGUACCCCAGAUCCUGGUGUAUAUUUUCGUAUCAUAAAGGAACACAAUGUUGUCGGUUUGUUUGUGGCUCCCACUGCACUCAGGGCUAUUAGAAGAGAUGAUCCAGAAGGUGCCUUUGGAAAGAAGUUUAUGCCAUUAAACAGUUUUCGAAACAUGUUUGUAGCCGGGGAACAUUGUGAUAGAGAGACAAUGGAAUGGACAAAGAAAGUGUUUAAUUGUCCAGUUUUAGACAAUUGGUGGCAGACUGAGACUGGCUGGGCUAUAACAUCUACAUGUGUAGGUCUUGGGAUGCCAUUAAAUCCCACACCAGGUGUUACUGGUAAACCAGUACCUGGAUGGAAUGUUAAGGUUUUGAAAGAUGACUUUAGUAAAGAAACAAAGGACUUGGAACUUGGCCAGAUAAUAGUGAAGUUACCCCUACCCCCAGGCUCAUGCAGCACCCUCUGGGAGAAUGACUAUAGAUUUCAGAAUACAUACUUUGAUCUCAAAAAGGGUUUUUAUAAUACAAUGGAUUCUGGAUACAGAGAUAAGGAAGGUUAUGUUGCUGUCAUGUCGAGAUCUGAUGAUGUGAUCAAUGUAGCCGGGCACCGUCUUUCUGCUGGUGCCCUGGAAGAGGCAAUUAUAGACAGCCCAUAUAUAGCAGAGGCAGCUGUUAUAGGUGUACCAGAUGAACUGAAGGGAGAGGUACCACUAGGACUGUGCGUUCCAAAACAUGGUCUUGAUAAAUCUGACGAGCAGAUAAAACAAGAUGUAAUUAGACAUGUUCGUGACAGUAUAGGGCCAGUUGCCAGCUUUAAGCUUGCCAUUUUAGUUCCAAAACUGCCAAAAACCAGGUCUGGUAAAAUUGCACGAAACACCAUAGCUGCCAUGGCUGCUGGCAAACCUUUCAAGAUUCCAGUGACCAUAGAAGAUGACAGUGUAUAUCCUGCUAUAAGAUUGGCUUUGAAGGAUAUAGGAUAUGCACCAGAUCCCCCAUCAGAUACCACCGUCAAUUGAAGAUGAGACAGUGUAUAUACCUAUUGGUAAGGCUCUUAGUAAAGUGGGGUUUACACCUGGACGGCCAGAGACUGCUGCUGUGUAAAACUUUAUACGAUAGUUUCUUAAAAUGUAUGCAAGCACUUCUGUAUGUGAAUAUGUGUGAACAUUAAAGUCCUGAGACCACCAUCAUUUUCACACCUUAUGGUAA